AUUUUCUUCUUCCUUUUCUAUUGUAUCGAUUGCAAUCUUCUUCUUUUAAUUCCUGCAAUAUUCUCCAAAAUCUCUGCAAUUCAAAAAUCUUGAAGCUUUAUGCAUCAUAUGGGUAGAGUCUAGUUGAAUUCCGGAAGAUGGAAGGCGAUGAUCGGGGUCCCAAGGUGUUGCCGGAAGAGACCCAGGUUUUGAAUUCUAGGGUUUCUGCUUUAUCCCUCAGGGAUGACACCGAUAACCCGAGCUGGGAUUCGCCCAAGGAAAAUAUGGUACUUGGAUAUAGGAAGAUGAAUUAUGAUUCAUGUAGCCAUGUCGCUGCUGAUGACAACCAACAAAUGAGUGUUUCUAAAGAAUGUCAUGCUAAGAUACCACCUCACGUCCUUGAGGAGUCUAAUGGUAAGAGAGAAGAGCAGAGAGCUGCUGUACAGCAGAAGCCUGGAAAAUACUUCUUUUAUGACUCCCCACUUUCUGAAGAUACGGGGGUUUGGAUACCAGUCUCCGUUCCACCUAUGCUUGAAAAUGAUCAUGACGAAUGGGCCAGAGGUUUCCACUCAAAUGGGGGUUACUUCCCUGAUGGUGAUAUGGGGUGGAGCCAAUACCUUGGGCAAGAGAAAGAGUUGACGAUGUGGGAUGUGAUAGUGGAAUUGAUACUUGCAGCCCGUGGAAAAGUCAGUGCUUUCACUGCUGGUGAUAUUCAUAACUUUUCAUGGGUAUCAAGUCAUAUACUAGAGCAAGCAUGGCAAGAGAUGGCUCAAACUCUGACUGAGGCUAAUUUUGGUAAUGUAAGGGAGAUUCUUGAAGCAGAGCCACCAAAGUGGUUGGCUGACAGUGCUGCCUCUGCUUGUAUGUUGUGUGGGGUGAGGUUUCAUCCAAUCUUGUGCUCGAGACAUCAUUGCAGGUUUUGUGGAGGAAUAUUUUGUGGUGAAUGUUCUAAAGGAAGAAGCUUGUUGCCAGCAAAAUUUCAUGUUUCUGAUCCCCAACGUGUCUGUGAUGUAUGCUGUGUGCGGCUUGAGACUGUCCAACCAUAUUUAAUGGACCAGGUAAGCCAUGCUGCUCGUCUGCCAACCCAAGAUGUAACAGAUCUUAGUACUUUGAGAUCCUGGGUUAAUUUUCCAUGGGGACAGUCCAUGGAUUAUGAAAUUUACAAGGCCACAAACACGAUCCGAGGUUAUCUCACUAAGGUAGGCUCUUUGAAGCCUGAGAAAUCAAUUCCAGAUGCCAUACUUAGAGAUGCAAAAGGCCUGGCGAUACUAUCAGUUAUGAAAGUUGGGGUGAUGGUUACAUACAAUAUCGGAACAGGACUCGUAGUUGCUCGUAGAGAAGAUGGCUCGUGGUCUCCACCAUCUGCCAUUUCUUCAUUUGGCAUGGGAUGGGGAGCUCAGGCAGGUGGAGAGUUAACAGAUUUUAUUAUAGUUUUGAGAACAAUUGAUGCUAUCAAAACAUUCAGUGGUUGUGCACAUCUUUCUCUUGGAGCUGGUUUGAGUGCAGCGGUUGGUGUUGUUGGAAGGGCAGUUGAAGCUGAUGUACGAGCUGGUGAUGGGGGUUAUGCUGCUUGUUAUACUUACAGUUGCAGUAAAGGUGCAUUUGUUGGGUGUUCACUUGAAGGAAGCAUUGUCACCACCCGAUCACAAGUGAAUUCACGGUUUUAUGGAAGCCAAUCAAUAACUGCAUCAGAUAUACUACUUGGCACAAUGCCUAGGCCUCCUGCUGCUGCAAUUCUCUACCACGCACUUGAAGACCUAUUUAAGAAGCAUGAAAUGGAAGUGCUGGCACUUGGCAUUAAGGGCUUCAACAUGAAGAUGGGAAUCCAUUAAGCUAUAAAUAUUUUUGUGCAUAAUCCAUCAAUCGCUUCUGCAGUAUCAUUCUUUUCUGGUUAUACCUCAAUGCCAGAUUGGUGUACAGUAAAGCAAUAUAAUGUUUGCAUUAAUUGGGAUAAUGAAGGAAAAUGUUCUCCUUCAAAAUGUACAGUGACAAGUAUUUGUGGAACUACAUAUACCUGCUCGGGUUGUGUGUGUAUAUAUAUAUAUAUGAUUCAAAAUUAUUCAAAUGGGUCAAAAGAAUAAAUUCGAAAUAAUCAU